CCCCCUUGACUCACAAAUCACUGAGGACUUCAAAAUAGUACUACCCAACGAUAUACGAAAGCAAUAGUCUCUUACUACACAAAUGCACUAAAUUCUCAUUAAAAAAAAACACGGAAAAAGGAUAUAUGAAAUCGGGAUUCGGGAUCAAACGAUGAAAAAAUGAAAAAGUUGUUCCAAAGAUCCGAGAGGAGGCGUUCCGGUGGGAAGGGUCUCAAAAUCGAAGAGAGUGUUAACCUGGACCUGCUGAUAGCCAAGCUGAAGUUGGCGGCGGACUUCGGUUCCAUUGUCCAGCUGACCACCCGGGAGAUCGAGACUGUCUGCACCCUGGCCAGACAGCUUUUUCUGGAGGAGCCCUCCUUGCUGGAGCUCCCAGCCCCGAUCAACCUGCUGGGCGACAUCCACGGCCAGUACGCCAACCUCCUGCGAUACUUCAACUCGAACGGCUAUCCGCCGGACACCUCGUACCUGCUGCUCGGCGACUACGUGGAUCGGGGGAAGCGGUCCAUCGAGACCCUGACCCUACUGCUGGCCCUGAAGGUGAAGUACCCGGACAAGUUCUUUCUGCUACGGGGGAACCACGAGAGCGCGAGCCUGAAUCAGUUCUACGGGUUCUUUGACGAGUGUAAGCGACGCUACACGGUGAAGAUGUGGCGCACCUUUGUCGACUGCUACAACUGCAUGCCCUUGGCGGCGAUUAUAGAGGACACCAUCUUCUGUUGCCACGGCGGCCUGAGUCCCCACCUGUUCAGCUUGGACCAGAUCCGGGAGAUACAGAGACCCAUCGAGGUGCCCGACUCGGGGGUCGUUUGCGACAUCCUCUGGUCGGACCCGGACGUCAAGAUGAUCGGUUGGGGGCCCAACGAGCGGGGCGUGAGCUACACCUUCGGCUCGGACGUGGUCAGCUCGUUCCUGCAUCGGUUCGGGUUCACCCUCAUCUGUCGGGGUCACCAGGUGGUCGAGGAUGGGUACGAGUUCUUCGCCAAACGGCAACUGAUCACCAUAUUCUCGGCGCCGAACUACUGCGGGGAGUUCGACAAUGCCGGGGCGAUGAUGUGCGUGGACGAGGACCUGCUCUGUACCUUUCGCAUCCAGAAGCCGGCGCGGAAAUCGGUCACUCGGUCAUGA